GGGGACGCGGAGGGACUUGGUCAUGGCCUCCGAGAAGCCGCUGGUGGCCGUCACCUGCACGGCGCCAGUCAACAUCGCGGUCAUCAAAUAUUGGGGCAAACGAGAUGAGGAGCUGGUCCUGCCUAUCAACUCCUCCCUGAGUGUCACUUUGCAUCAGGACCAGUUAAAAACCACCACGACAGCUGCCAUCAGCAAGGACUUCUCAGAGGACCGGAUUUGGCUGAAUGGCCGGGAGGAGGACAUGGGGCAGCCACGCCUCCAGGCCUGCCUGAGGGAGAUCCGGCGCCUGGCCAGAAAGCGGAGGAACGCAGGAGACGGGGACUUGGUUCCCCUCAACCUCAACUACAGGGUGCAUGUAGCCUCAGUGAAUAACUUCCCCACGGCUGCAGGCCUGGCCUCCUCAGCAGCGGGCUAUGCCUGCCUAGCGUAUACCCUGGCCCAGGUCUAUGGGGUUGAGGGUAACCUCUCUGAAGUAGCACGCCGUGGGUCGGGCAGUGCCUGCAGGAGCCUGUAUGGGGGCUUCGUGGAGUGGCAGAUGGGGGAGCAGACAGAUGGCAAGGACAGCAUUGCCCGGCAGGUGGCCCCCGAGGUGCACUGGCCCCAACUCCGAGUCCUCGUCCUUGUGGUGAGUGCUGAGAAGAAGCUGACGGGCAGCACAGUGGGCAUGCAGACCAGCGUGGAGACCAGCGCCCUACUCAAGUUCCGGGCUGAGUCGGUGGUGCCAGCACGCAUGAGGGAGAUGGCACGCUGCAUCCAGGAGCGGGACUUCCAUGGCUUUGCCCAGCUGACCAUGAAGGACAGCAACCAGUUCCACGCCACCUGCCUUGACACCUUCCCGCCCAUCUCAUACCUCAAUGAUAUCUCCAGACGCAUCAUUCAGCUGGUGCACCACUUCAAUGCCCACUAUGGACAGACGAAGGUGGCAUACACAUUUGAUGCGGGCCCCAAUGCUGUGAUCUUCACCUUGGAUGACACUGUGGCUGAGUUCGUGGCAGCCGUGAGACACAGCUUCCCCCCUGCAGCAAAUGGAGACAAGUUUCUGAAGGGGCUGCAGGUGACACCUGCCCCUCUCUCUGAUGAGCUGAAAGCUGCGCUGGCUUGGGAGCCCAUCCCUGGCGGUGUCCAGUACAUCAUUGUCACUCAGGUGGGGCCGGGGCCUCAAGUCCUGAACGACCCUAAUGCUCAUCUCCUGGGCUCAGAUGGCCUGCCAAAGGGUGCCGCUUGAUCAGCUCCACAUUGGACCCCACCCCACCUGGAGAGGGGCUUGCUCACUGGGACUACAGAGCUGGUGUGACGGUGGCUGUGCUUGUGGGGACCAGCCUGGUGAUGCACUGUGGCCCAGACACAGCUGGGCAAGUGGAGUAGCCACCUGCAGCGCCCAGGCAGUCAGGGGAAGAUCCCCCUGCCAAGUGCCUCUCCAGCACUUUGCAAGAUGAGAAUCAGGGCCCAGCCAUCUGCUGAAGGGCUGCUGGCCCGAGCUCUGGCCAAGCUCACCGGGGAGUCGCCAUCCCACUGACUGAGUGGGUGCUACGCGGGCCUCAGGAAACCUGCCACGUUCUUGGAGGAUGCUGGCUGCAGACGGGGCCUCUGCCGAGACUUGAGCUAACCCUGUACUCAGGUCAUGGGUGUGGACGGGAUGCUUCUUUAUGAAAAGACCAGUGACCCUCCUAGUGAGGAGAAGGGACUGUGGGCCCAGCGGAGGUGGGGGUACAUUGUAGGAGCUGGAACCUGGUGUUCCACGGGAAUAAACCACUAUUGCCAGUUGCUUGC